AUGGAGUGGCAAAGCAAUGAUGCACUUGACUGGGCAUACAAUAAAGGUAUAGAAUGGCAGAUGACAGUCGGGUACAACAGCAAGCAAAACAGAUGCAUGGAAAGAAUGAACAGAAGUCUAGGAGAAAAGAUGAGAAUGCUACUCAUGCAGAGGAAACUGCUGAGAAGCUUCUGGCCAUAUGUGAUCUGGGCUGUGGCAUUCAAAAUAAAUCUCACACCCAAUGUUGAUGGUGAGUUCCCAUACCAAGUCAUGUUCAGGAAGUCACUGGAGCAGCUCAUAAAGUUCUUACAGGUUUUUGGAUGUUUAGCAUGGGUUAACAUCCCUAAAGUUAAAAGAGACAGCAAGAGGUUGGACCAACAAGCAGUGGCAUCCAUAUUCCUGGGAUACAGUUUGGAAAGAAGAGGGUGGCUCUUCUAUAGUCCAGACUAUAACCCAAACAUAUUCUGGAGCAACUCCAUGAAGUUCAUGGAAGACAAGUGCUGGGCUGACAGAACAGAAUGGCACCCAACAAGAAUACAGUCACCGCCAGUGCUAGCAGAUGAGGCAGACCUCAGUGACUUAAGGUACACAAAUGAAAAUCUAUUCAAUGAAAGGGAAAGAGAGCCCCAUGAUGAGCAUUUGGAUAUGAAUGCAAUUGACAAACCAAAUGAUGAAAAGGACUCCAUUGAGGAUACAGCGAAACAUACAAAGAACGUGACCGACUCCAAAAUACAGGCCAGCAACCCAAUUCUCAGACUCACAGCAAUGAACCAUGAUAGACAGAGGAACCUGGAUCCGACAGUAAGUGAAGCUUUAUCUGGAGAAGACAAGCAGCAUUGGAAAGAAGCAAUGCAUAAGGAGUUGGAUGGACUCAGAGCCAUGGGCACAUGGGAAAUUGCCGACCUCCCAAAGGGGAUGAAUGCUGUCAACAUGCAUUGGGUUUUAAAAAUCAAGACAGAUGCAGAUCUGAUCCUGACAAAAUUCAAAGUGAGGCUGGUAGCUUGA